AUGGCAACCUACUCCUCCGUCGGCGAAACUCUCGCUCGCGAAAACCUCACAGACCACGCCACCGCCUCCUCAACACAGAAUCUCAACUCGUGGUCCGGAAAAUACCGCGGGGUACCCCUCCCCUCUACUAUCACCAUCUGUUCAAAGGCAAAACAAGAAAGCAAACUAAUUCGAGAAAAUAAAAAGGCAACCGUCGAAGACCUCGACCCUCCUCCCGCGCUCUCCGUCUCGCCUAACGACUCCAUCUCAUCCGCGCAACUCGCCGCAUACGAGCGCGACUAUAGCCAUCUCACCGUAAUCUCAUCGAGCACGCGCGCCCUACUCGGAUACCUAAGCAUUCCACGCCUAAAAACACUCCUACGUGAGGGAAAAGUGUCCGAGUCCGAUCCUGUCAAGGUCGCAAUGCAGCGGUUUAAUCGGAAACGGACGAAUGUGUAUCGUGUUAUUACCAUGGAUACCCCGCUGGAAGAGCUGGAGCGGUUUCUUUCCGGUGAACCUGCGAUUGUGCCAGGUGAGGGAAAUGCAGCGAGUUCUUCUGCUGGUAUUGGGAAACAGGAUUUUGCGAUUGUCACGGAUCCGUCGCGCAAGUUUGUGUUGGGCGUAGUGACCGAGGGCGAUUUACAGGAGUUUGUCAAGCGGCGGCCUUGA